ACAUGGACGAGGUUGAUUAAUAAUAAUGAACAUAAAUCUUUACGAAAAAUAUACGCAUGAUUAAUUUUGAUAUUAUAUCGUGUGAUCAUCAGCGAGAUGACCUUCGAUGGAACCGAUCAUUGACGAUGAGAGAUGGCGAAUGACCCUAAGACAAAUAAUUGACGAGUUGUGUUUUUCAGAUUUCGAUAUGGAGAGAUUUUCGGAAGAUGCGCAGAUAAGUGCGAAUGUGGCUAGAAAGCUGGAUGAGGAGGAUGAUUUCUUCAGUUUUGACUUGGAAAAUUACCAAGAAACUAAUUAUUGGGAAAUUGUUCUCGAUCUUGCCGAGGAUUGUUUCGGCUAUGGCGAUUCUGAUUUGCAACAAGUUGAUGUUUGCUUUCGUUGCGAUGGAUGCGAGAAUCCUCGGGUAUCGUGUGAUGGGAAAGUUGAGCUAGAAGCUGUUGGCGAUUGUCUCGACAGAAAGCUAGAGCUGCGUGAAGAACAAUUUGAUGAUCGGGAUGAUUUCUUUGAUUGUGACUUGGAAAGUUACCAAGAAACAAACUAUUCGGAUAUUGUUCUCGAUCUUUCCGAGGAUUGUUUCGGCUACACCGAUUCUCAUUGGCGACAAGUCGAUAAAAACGAAUGCGAGAAUCAUCAUCAGAAAGUCGAGCUGGAAGCUGUUAGCCAUUGUCUCGACAGGUAAGAAUUUUAUGUUUAUUUAAUACGU